AGUAAAUAUUUUACAAGCAGAGUUUGGCUCUGAUGAAGAGAACUUUGCACAUUACUAAUGACUAAGAUGUUUCAGUGUUCUCCAUGACUUAAUGAUCUGGAACAGUACCGUAAAGUGAAACCUCAUUACUGAGCAAAUCCAGACCCAGAUAGUGAAAUCCCACUCGUUUCUUCCUGUGGCAAAUCUGAGCUAGUUUACUAGCUAGUUAGCUGACAUAUGACAUGCUCAUAGAUUCAUGCGUUUUUUGUUUGUUUGUACAAUUCAAUUAAUGUAGUACAUUUCUGGGCCGUAAAUAUUAAACAACGUAUCAGUCGUCUACUUUUAUUGUAAUGGUUUGAAACGACGUGUUCGGGAGUACUCCGAGGAGUCUCGGACAGCUGUAAAAUUGCGUCCAGUUCACCUGCAACGAUCAUUUAAUAUCAAAUUUUAAUCACGUUCACGUGUUAGUCCCAUACCGGUGCUUGAAAACGUGUUUCCCGACUCCAUUCAAGUGGAUUGUUCCACUAAGCAGUGUAUUCACGAGCGGGAUGCGUCACGUAUUCGGUACAAACGAACAACAAGGACAGUGUUUAGCAAAUAUGUGAUCAUUCGGUGUUAUUGUUUCACAGCUAAUGACUAUAUUCCAGGUAAUGAUGCUUCGUUGACGAUAGCACCCACUGAACCCCGAGUAUAGUAACACAUUAUUUCACAUAAGCAGGCACUGUGCUUCGCCGAGCCAAAAUAUUACAGUUAAAUGAAAUGACUAAUAGAUAAACUUUAGGUAAACUGCUCUCUUGUCCAUACCACACCAGGGGCACUUGAUGUAUCUUGUCGCUUAUUAAAAAGAGAGAAAAACAACACCCCCAAAGCGAAACCAGUGAGGCUGCUCUGAAUGUGUACUUUGCUCUGUUCGACCUGUUUAGUAAACACACAGUUUUUCCAAACCGAAGAACCCAGUAGGACGAGAAAGAAGCAUUUAUUUCAGGCAACCCUCGAGGGCUGGUUACAAUUUUCGAAGCGUUUGACGUUGAGGAUGGCAAACCGAUCGGCUGUGAAAUUGAACUCCGGUCAACCAGAUUUUGUGCAGUUUAACAAUCUCGCGUGCGAGACAGCAGGAGGAAAGGUGAUUUUUGCUACGGAUGAGUGGUUUGCUCCUGCUGGAAACCUCUUGAAGAAAGGGCCUGCAGUGUUCCUUGCCUCAGCUUUCACCGAGUUUGGGAAAUGGAUGGACGGUUGGGAAACAAGAAGGAAAAGAAUACCAGGUCAUGACUGGUGCAUUGUGCAGUUGGGAGUUCCUGGAGUCAUUCACGGCAUCGAUGUGGACACGUCGUUCUUCACAGGGAACUACGCACCUUCCGUUUCUAUCCAGGCCGCCUGUCUUGAAGGACGGUCUGUGCCGUGUUUAGUUCUUGAGGGAGAUCGUACAGGCAUGGCUGCUUCACAGAGCCAGUUCGAAGCCGUGGCACAGCUCCGCUCCGAGAGCUGGGAGGAGAUCGUACCAGUGACGACGCUGAAGCCUGGAUACUCUGAUUCCUGCCACAACUUCUUCAGUGUUACCAUCCCCCAUCGAGUCACCCACAUCCGCCUGAACGUGUAUCCGGAUGGCGGUAUUGCGAGAUUGCGCGUGUAUGGGAUUGGACAAAGAGACUGGUCCAGUGUACUCAGUCAGGAGGAAGUAGAUCUUGUCGCACUGGUCAAUGGCGGAGUGUGUGUGGGCUACAGCGAUGCACAUUUUGGUCACCCACGCAACAUGAUCGGUUUGGGAAGGGCUGACAACAUGGCUGAUGGGUGGGAGACAGCACGACGCCUGGAUCGUCCCAAAGUGUUGAAAAUGGACAAGAAGGGCAUCUUGCAGGUCCCUGGAUUUGAGUGGGCCGUCUUCAGACUUGGACAUCCUGGUGUGAUCAGCAGAAUUGAGAUAGACACCAAUCAUUUUAAAGGUAACUUUCCUGACUGGUGUCAAAUUGAGGCGUGUCGUUUAACCCCAGAGGAGGAACAAACCUAUAUAAAGCACAAGUGGAUUAGUGACAAAGGUCCCACGUGGAAAAUCCUCCUUCGUCCUCGGAAACUGAAGCCUCACUACAGGCACUUGUGCUCUGGAGAGUGCGUGCUGCAGUGUGGGCGUGUAAGUCAUGUGAGGCUCGUGAUUGCUCCUGAUGGAGGGGUCAGCCGGCUCAGACUCUGGGGUCACAUCACCUCCAACGCUCCAACUAAUCCUCAUCGAAUCUCAAAACUCUGACCCUUAAAACUACACCAGAGCGGUCUGAUCGCACAGAACCAUUUAGGUGACAUGGUAGUGUGAUUAAAAAAAAAACAAAACAACAACAACAACGAAUAAGCCUAUUAAAGUCACGUGACGUUUCUCGA